AUGGACAAAGUGGAUUUUGGGGCCCUUAGAGCUGUAAUAUUAGUUAUAGAUAGAGAAACGGGGAAACCAAAAGGUUACGGAUUUUGUGAAUACAAGGAUGAAGAAACAGCGCUAAGUGCUCGUCGCAAUCUUCAGGGAUACGAGAUCAAUGGUCGUCAAUUGCGUGUUGAUUUCGCUGAAAAUGAUAAAAAUUCUAACGGAAAUCGAGAACAGCUGUGUUUCUAUGUUGUUUCGUUGUCCAAUUUGAAGAGUAGAUAA